CUUAGUUUUGUUUGGAGUAUACAGGCCUUAUGAAUACCCAAGUCAAUAUUGACAUUGGAUGUGAAUAUAGACUUGCUUUAAAUCAAUCUCUUACAGAGACAUCUCGGUGCUGUGUGGUCGUCAACAAUUUCAAUGAUUUUGUUGGUGACAGCCGAGAGGGUUUGUUAGGAGGACCACAGGUUGUACAAACUGAUUUCUGUGUGUGAUAUGCAGGCCUAAUGGACUGACGACAACCCGGGUCGAUUCUACAUACAGUUCGGCGGACUAUCUGAUAAAAGGAACAGAAAAUGAGGCUGAUAUUAACACAUUGAAAUUGAUUUAUUUCCGUGUGAAUGACAUCUGUAUUGGUUGCGAUCUUAAACACUGGAAGCUUCACAAACGGUGGACAUGCUGUACUGAUCAGACAGGAAGCCAAUUAACAUUUAUGGAGCUGGUAACAGCACAUCAUAUAAACAAUUAACAACAGCGCUGACAAUACAAAAUGUCAAGGUGGGGUGCUUAUUAGUGUAAAUAUGAUGCAGAAACCCAAACAACUCAGUUCCGGUCGAAAAGGCAAAGAUGGCGUCCAAAGGGCUGCCCCGGCAGUGGAGUUUGAUAUUACUAGUAAUGUCAAGUAUGAAUCUAUGAGAAAUCAAGCACGUCAUGGGCAUCUUUACCGACACCACCAAGACCUCACACGAGAAUGUGAGAAACAAAUCCGAGCGUACGAGCUAGGAGAAAAAUUGUUUGUAGUGGAGUUUAAACGUUACACAAAGAAAUUUGAAACUAGAUUAUCACAGCUUUCAAACAAAUCUGAAACAAAAACAACGAUGAAGUACAGCUAUAACCAAUGUAACUUGAAGCAAGCUCCUCGGCAGCCAAUCAAAAAGAACCAAGUGAAUAAUCAUUCAAACACUGUCACGAGGAAACCAGCACGGACUACUCUGUUGUUCAGCGUCAUCCACAGGGACGGCGAAGACAUCUAUAUUGAAAAUCAAAAUGACCGUUUUAAAAACCUUGGUCCGCCAAAAGCUCUUGGUAAAUCACAUGACGAUUCUCAAAUCGGUUUACGUCGAGCUGAGGUCCCUCGCCCUCCACCCCAACUAGUACGGGAACUAACUAUGUGAUGUAGGAUUCUCGUGGCUUGCUUGCUUUUCGUAAUACUUAAAAUGUUAAGAUGACAUAUAUUUUUGUACAACUGGGUAUAACACACAUAUUAUUGAAUAGCAUUUUAAUCAGUGUUAUCGCUUAAAAGCUUGGUUAUAACACCUUUAGCAAUUGGUUAAACAUUUAGUUUAUCUUUCAAAUAUUUAAUAAUAAAGGUGAGUUCCCAUUGAGUUAUCAUUUAAGUUUUAUUACCACGCCUUCCUCUUUUUAUUGUAAAUUAAAGGUGACAUGAAGAGAAUGGUGUAUUGGAAGUCUUAUUGCAUAUUUGUACGCUUAAAACCUCUAUUCAGACGGGAUGUUGUAGCUUUACAGUGGUAUGGAAUAGUUUAUGCUUGGAAACAGGUGGAUUCUACUUCUAAAUUUCAAGUAUAGGAUGUACCUGUGCGUCAACAUGAAUGUAAAUGCACAGGGGGGGGGGGGGGGGAUUUGUUU